UGCUUUACUGCUGAUUUAUGUUAAUUCAACUUGAGUGGGAAGUUAGUAUUUUUGCACCUGUACACGUCAUUUACCGGCCGGCUUUAGAAACGAUAAGAAGAAAUUGAAGAUGAAUAAAAUUUUCGUUUUGACUCGGAAAUUUUCGAUUUCUACUUCUCAGAAUGCGAUUAAAACAGUUACAGUGAUCGGCGGGGGCCUUAUGGGCUCAGGAAUCGCUCAGGUAACAGCGCAGGCUGGCCAGAAUGUGACCAUAGUAGAUUUAGAGCCGGAAAUACUCAAUAAAGCCCAGAAAAGUAUCCAAGCCAACUUAGGCAGGGUAGCCAAGAAACUGUACAAAGAUGAUCCAGGUAAAAUUGAAGGCUUCGUCAAAGAAUCCCUGGACAGGAUCAAAAUAUCCACGAAAGUUGAAGACAGUGUGAAUGCGGAUUUGAUUGUCGAAGCCAUUGUUGAAAAGCUGGACAUAAAGCAGGAUCUAUUCAACAAACUUGACAAGUUAGCACCUGAGCACACAAUUCUAGCCACUAACACUUCAUCAAUAUCAGUGAACGCUAUCGGCUCGGGCAUCAAAAGGAAAGAUAAGUUCGGAGGCCUCCAUUUCUUCAAUCCAGUACCAGUGAUGCGACUCCUGGAGGUUAUAAAAAGCGAUCACAUUUCCGAGGACACUUACCAGGCCAUGAUGGAGUGGGGCAAGUCUGUGGGCAAGACUUGCAUCACUUGUAAGGACACUCCAGGAUUCGUUGUUAACAGGAUCCUAGCUCCGUACAGUGCUGAAGCGUUGAGGAUGUACGAAAGAGGAGAUGCGUCAGCAGAAGAUAUAGACACCGCUAUGAGAUUAGGAGCGGGUUAUCCGAUGGGUCCCUUAGAACUGGCUGAUUACACCGGUCUAGACUUGAAGAAAUCCAUUCUUGCCGUCAUGCUUAAGGAAACAGGGAACCCGGUUUUCGAACCAAUUGGGGUUCUAGAUAAACUGGUGAAAGAGGGGAAGUACGGACGGAAAACCGGCGAGGGUAUUUAUAAAUAUAAUAAAUGAUUGUAUAAAUUUAUUGAUUAAAGUUUAUUUCGGUUUAUUGGGCUG